UUCCUACAAGGUCUCGGUCAUAUGUUCUGUCUGGGAGAAAGGUACCUCCUUUCAUCAAUCUAUAGUCAGAACAAAGAACAAUCUCUCUCUUUCUCGUUCAUAAAUCUCCAAAACCACUCGAGCAAGAAGAGAACCGAGUCGGGCAAUCGCAAAUUUAGUUUCUUUGUUCACUGAAGCUUCAAAGUGUUUUGAGUAAUUGGAAUUGAAGGAAAGAUGAGCAAUGGUGGUUUGAGCAUUGAUGAGAAAGAAGGGUUGAUAGACAAAGAUGAAGUCAUGAUCCGUCGAAUGAAGAACAGAGAAAGACAACGUAGGUAUCGAGCCAGGAAACGGAUGCGGGAAGAAGAAGCGGGUAACGAUGAUAAUCUUUCGUUUGAGACAAUGGGAAAACAAGAAGAAGAAGAAGAAGAAGACGAGGGACUAGAGUUUAAUGGACCUAGUGGUUAUGUUGAGAACUUUGUGCGGCGGGUUUAUUGCGAUAGAAAUUGGAAAAAAGAAGCUAGAAGAGCUCAUUUGAUUAUGAACAAGGCUCAAGAUAGUUCUUGUGAGUCGGUUAAACGGAAGAUAAGGCCGCAUCGUCGAGAUUGGAAAGCUGAAGCUAGAAAGAAGAAAACUUGAUUCUUGAGGAUUGGUCAGGUUGCUAGAGGAUCUUGCGAGGUGAUCGAGGAAGAGAAUGCACAAACAAAGCAGAUUUCAGAUUCAAUAAUCUCUUCAAGAUUUCUAUUUUUGUAGAUAUUGGAAAUGAUCAAGACAAAAGCAAGUGAUUUGCUUUUUCUUGUCUGUGACUCUGUCUGUGUAUUCGAAGAUCCAUGUAGUAUUAUACUAAGGUUUAUGUGUGUUGUGUCUUAUUGAUUAGACAAGAGGAAACAUUAUCACACUGACUUAAGAAAACUGUGCAUAUGGUCUCCCUCUCGACUUAACUUACUUAAGAUUUGUCUCUCUUCCUAAGUUUGAUGUGUUAGGAGAGACAUUUUUGACCAUAUGUACAAAAUCAGUGAUCAUGACCAUUAGUCUCUUAUUUUAGACCAUUUAUACUCGAUUUCUUUUUCUUUUUUAUCAUAUGAAAUUGUGUAGAAAUAUUAACUUUUUCAGUAACUAACUCAUAUUACUCAUAUCAAUAUAUACAAGUUUACUCAUUGAGGAGAUACAACAAUAAAACGAUACAGACUCAAACAUAGAGCAAAAGAAGAAACUUGUCGCUCUAUUUUAAGAUUUUUUUCUUACAAAACUAAAAUCUACAAAAUUACUGAAGCCACUAAAACGAAUUAAUUAUGAUUUGACCCCAUAACUUUCUAAACUUCCCAAAACACACCCUUUUAACCGAUUUUUGAAAUCAAACUUGCUCUGAGCUGUUCUUGCGUAUAGAUCCUAAAACCCAUCUUCACCGUCGCUUGUUGAAUCAUCAAAUCGUUAACCACCGACAUACUCGCGUGAUUCACUUCCAACUCCAAAUCCAUCAACGCCGACAUCAACCUCGCCGCCGGAUGAUUCCUCUUACUAGAUUCAACUCUAAUCAUUGCGUCCCAACCAAUUAUCUUCACUUCAAUCUCCAUCCCCACCGGUUUAAUCGAAGAACACGAAGACGACAUAUCUCCUCCACUAGCACUCGCUUUUCUUCCGGCGAGCUCGAGUUUCACUUCCUCGAGCUGGUUCUUGAUUUGGAGUUUCUCUGACUCUGUUUUGACUACUUUGGAUUUAAGCUCGUUGAUGUAAGCGAUUGCGUCACCGAGUAACGAAGCUUUAUCCAUUUUUGAAACGUUUGGUACAACCGCUCGUAACGCGUAGAAUCUUUGGUUUAGUUUCUCGCGUCUUUGUCUCUCUGCUUCGACGUGGUUUAGUGGCUCUUCUCUACCGUUUGCUGGCUUUCUUCCUCGUUUCUUUGGACGUUUCUCUACUGCUACUUCUUUCACGACGGAAGCUUCUAGAUCGGAGUGAUCUGAUUCUCCGGCGGUUUUAUCUCCGAAUGAUAGAACUUUAUCUUCGUUCAAAACCAUCGACCUCUUUCUUUUGUUUUCGAAUUGUGUUUGACCCGAAUAAGAACUUGGAUCCGGGUUUCCGGAGCUUCGUUUACCUUCAUCGCCGAAGUUUAAUAUCUCGCCGGAUCUUGGUUUCACUAAAGUAGAACUUGACGUCGAAAAAUUAAGUUCUCGGGAGAAAGUGUUAUUGAAUUUCGGAUUCUGGGUCUGAGAAUGAACCGGACUCGGAGUCGGAUCCAGAUUCGGGUUUUCGGUUAUUGUGCUUGAGCUACCGUUCUCAAACUGAAUAGACUUUGAAAAAAGCUGGGAGCUAGAACUUGGAGCUCCGUUACCCGGUUCGUUAGAUCCAGGUGUUCCAAUCGGGUCAUUAAUCCACAUAGACGGGUCGUUCUCACCUUGAUCCGGGUCAAGAUUCCAAUUAAGACCCGAUAAAUCUCCAGCUCCGCCGUCGAAAUUGAAAAGAAUUCGAACCUUGUUAAUAAGGUCCGAACUCUGUCGGAUCGGCUCCGUUGACCCGACUUCCACAACUCCGUUCGCCGAAGGAAUACACGCAAUAGUAUGCAUCCCAAACACUCCUCCUUGCUUAGCCCGUUCACAACCCGACCCGGAUAAUUGAUCUGACCCGGAAACCCAAACCGCGUUACCCGUUGCAAACGCUUUACCAGCUAAUCCCGCACCGCAAGCGAAGCUCUGCGUCAUCGAAACCAAGAAAAACCAUUCCGUAUCCGUCACCUCCUCAUCAACAGCGUCAUCCGACGGAGCAACACCACCGGAGAUCAACGAGUUAAGCUCUCUCAACACUUUUUUCCUGUACUCCUGAUCCGCCGGAGUAGAAAACGGCGGCGAACUCGAUCUCCGUCUCGGGUUUGCUUUAUCUUCUUCACCUUUGUAAUAACCAUCUCCCCAUCCGAGCACGGAGGCGCCGGAGAAAUCAUACGACGGUUGCCAGAAUAUAGCGUAGGUCCAACCUUCGUGUGUUCCUUCAAUCAAAGCUUGUAAACGUUGCUGAAGAGUCUCUUGAUUAAAUCCCGCCUGUGCCGGAAUCUCCAUCGCCGGCGUCGGAGUUGUUUCAGUCGUCGCCGUCGUGGUUGUCGUCGACGCCGGAGGCCAUAAAGUUGAGAUAUCGGAAGAGCUCAUGAAAGCUUCCAUCAUAGAAGCGUUGUCGUCGGUGGUCCAAAGAUUCAUCGUUGGUUGUAGCCGGUAAUCAGUCAUUCCAUAAACCGGUGACCGGUAAAAAAAAACACGUUUUUAAUGAGAGAGAGAGAGAUAGGAGAAAGUCUUCGUAGUGGAGAAAAAUGGAGAGCGUCUGCGAUUAUUAUAUGUGUAACUGAUCUUGAGGGUGAAUGUGUAAAUUUGUUGUUAGGGAUAUUACGUGGCGAGAUUUCAUUGGGAAACGUGGAUGGUUGUAAGAGAGAGAGAAGCUUCGAUGAACUCACAUCCCGAUUUAACCCCAUCGACUGUUGGAUCGACGCGGUAAGAAUUAAGACCGGAAGUGAGUGAGAUCGUACGGCUGUUUGGUCGCACGUGUAUCACACGCUCUUUAAUGAUUGACUUAGAUUUUAACUGAUUGUUUCUUUUGUACCAAAGAGUGAACUGUGAGCUCAGUGGAAAAACACUUUACUAUAACUUUUCACCUAUUUUUUCGAUUUAUAUUUGUC